AAUAGAAGCUCUGCGCAAGUGUUGCGAGGGCUGUCGGAUGGCCAUGCGUCGUCGGACUCAUUACGCAGCGGAUCUGCAGUUGGUGGAAUCUCACACAUUGAUUAUAAUGGGUGCAUAACGGCUCCGACGACGGAUCUGCAGCUGUUACGCAUCCAGUGGAAUCCAGGGGUGAGAGACUUCAUUGAGACGGGCCCCUGCGCAACCGAGCCACAGCCGACAGCGCAGAAGAGCCAAUUGAAGUUGUCCUACUCCGAGGACGGCUCGUAAUGAUGAAAAUCAGGCGAGAUGUCCUCCCAGGUCAGAGUGAGGCUGCUGCCAAAAGCCAGGUGCAUGUUCGAUGAGCCCGUUCAGGUGAAGGUGUCGGGGCUGAGGUCGAGACAGGUGGUCACCAUGAGAGUCAGAUCGACUGACGAGAAGGGAGAGCUGUUCAGCUCCUCGGCCACCUACAAGGCUGAUGGGAGCGGGGAGAUCGACCUGGAGAGAGACCCCUCACUCAGUGGGAGCUACACUGGAGUUGAACCCAUGGGUCUGCUGUGGUCCAUGAAGCCAGACACUGUGCACAAAAGGUUUCACAAAACAAAAUCACUAAACCCUCACGUGGUGAAGUUCUCUGUGCACGAGGAGGAGGGGGACGGCAGGAUGCUGGCAGAGGCGACCAAUGAGAGGCUUCUGAUAGCAGACGGGGUCACGCGGCGCCCUGUCAAAGAGGGGAAUAUUCGUGGAGUCCUGUUCACUCCCCCAGGGAAAGGUCCGUUCCCUGCCAUGUUGGAUCUGUACACUUUGGGUGGAGGUUUAUCAGAGAAAAGGGCGUCUCUGCUGGCCAGCCGUGGAUUUGUGACUCUGACUGUAGCGCUGUAUGGUCAUGAUGACAUGCCGAGGAACAUCAGUGAGAUCCACCUCGAUUAUUUUGAAGAAGCGAUAGAGUUUUUAAAAAAACAAGAUAAGUUUUUUCCACAGGUGGGGAGCAAAGGAGUUGGUAUAAUCUCCCUUUCCAAAAGUGGAGACCUUGCUCUGUCAAUAGCCUCUUACCUGCAGGAUGUCGAGGCCACAGUGUGGAUUAAUGGCUGCUGUGCAAACACAGUUUUUCCCCUGCUCUAUAAGAAGAGACAGAUCCUCCCUGGGUUAACGUGUGACCUCAGUAAGGUCAUUCCCACUGAGUCGGGGGCCUUUAUUGGCAAGUACUCUAUGCCUAAUCUGCUGGCAGAGGAGAACAAGGCCACCCUGAUCCCCACUGAACAAGCCACUGGACGAUUCCUUUUUGUGGCUUCAGAGGACGACCAAAACUGGGACAGCAAGGCUUACAUGGACAUACUGGUGGAGAGACUGCAACGUCAUGGGAAGGACAACUUUGAGAUCAUGUCUUACCCUAAAACGGGGCAUUACCUAGAGCCGCCUUAUGGACCCUUCUGUCCCUCCAGCUUUCAUGCGAUGGGGGGCAAACCAUUCCUUUGGGGGGGUGAGCCGAAGACCCACGCAGCAGCUGAAGUCCACACGUGGAAGAAGAUCCUGGACUUUUUCAGAACUCACCUGAGCUGUGAUGCAACACAGACUAUAGCCAAGUUAUAGAUAGAAAUAUCAUGAUAUGGAAGGCAUCAGAUCAGAUCAAAUCUGCAGAUCACCAGUUAAGUAACUGACAUUAAUCGUAUCGCAAUCUUUUGUAAUGAGGCAAACAAUUUGCUGUUUGAUUUAAUGAUCAAAAAUUAUAUCUAAUGUGAAACACUACAGGAAAACUUUUUUUCACAAAGGAAUCAAUUUUUGGGACGUCUUCUUUCAGACUAGUGAAAAGAAUAUAUCCAAAGCGAACAUUAGGAGUAUAACAAUAUAUAUCAAUCUUUAUUGAUUCAAUGAUCAACAUUCCCAUAUAAUCAAUGGAAAGCGAAAAUAUUGAUAGAUAUCAUCUUUAAGAUAAAUAUGCCUUUUUUUGAAAUUCCAACUUUGUAUGUAUUUUUGUAAUUAAAAAGUUUUGUUUCAUUUAAGUGUAAGAUCUCAGUGACAAAACAGUCAAAUCAUAUUUUACUUUUUCUGAGUUGAUAUAACAGAUUUGAGCCUGGAGUUAUUUUACAAAAUCCUGAGUUAUGGACACAAAACUCCUCCUCCGCUCCCUCCACUGGUUACCAGUGGCUGCACAGAUAUGAUUCAAGACUCUAGCUCUGGCGUACUCUGCUGCAAAUGGUUCAGUCCCAGCUUACAUACAGGAUCUGGUGAAACUUUACACUCUUGACCGUCCUCUCUGAUCUGCAUCAGCCAAGCAGCUGGCAACUCCCACCUCAGAUAGCAUAGACAUCUCCCGCCGCAAUUUAA